CUGUUCCUGUUCUGCCCAGACACAGGUCACAGCACCCACUGAACAGAUUGGAGGGCUCCUGGAGAGUCAGAAGACAACCUGCCUCAUAAGGACAUGGCUUUGGUGCAAGCGGGAACCCUGAGCUGUCAGACAGGGGAGGAAUAUGAGGCUGCUGCUGAGUUGCCAAGGGACAAGGAUGGCAGUCUGGAUGGGGACUUCACUGAUGAAGAAGAAGUGCAAGUUGAAGAUGAUGAUCUGACAAAUGAAGACCGGAGGUUUCUAAAACAGUUCCCGAGCUGGAGAAAGGAUGAGAAGAAGCGCAUUAGAACACUCUAUGCCCUCGCAGACCACAUUGACAAAAGCCACCAAAAAGCUACCAAGACCAAAGUGGUGACUACCUCUGCAUCAGUCGUCUCUGGAGUCCUGAGUCUCUUGGGUUUGGCCUUGGCUCCAACAACUGCAGGGGGAAGCUUGGUGCUCACUGCUGUUGGGCAUGGUUUGGGGGCAGUUGCCGGGGUCACUGACAUCGUGACCAAUGUGAGGGAAAACUCCCGCAAAAAAAGAGCCCUAGCUCAGGCCAACAGCAUCAUACCUAACAGUGACCAAGAGCUUGAGAAGGUCAAAGGAGAGAAGAGGACCUAUGUCACAGCCGCCGGUGAGCUUGUGUACAUAUGUGGGAGCUCCUGGGAUAACAUCAGAAAGCACCUCCAAGCCUUCCGGCUAACCAGAACACAACCCCACCUCACCUCAGCCGCCAAGAAGCUUAUGACUGCCGGCCAAGUAUCAGCUCGGAGGGGCAGGCAGGUGCAAAAGGCCUUUGGGGGCACAGCCCUGGCAAUGACCAAAAAUGCUCUGAGGAUGGGACGCGUAGCCGCUGCCCUCUCCCUUGGCCAGGACAUAUAUACUCUCUGGGAGGACUGGAAGGAUCUGAAGGCUGCAACCCCAACAGAGCUUGCAGAAGAGUUAAGGACACAGGCUGGGGAGCGGGAGUGGGUGUUAUCAGAACUUACCCGUCAUUAUGAAAAGCUGAAGGUGAGGGCUGAAUUUUGAAAGAGGCCUGGAGGCAUAACGCGGGAUCUGUAGAGCCACGUAGAUGUUAGGUUGUGAAGUCUGCAGAGACGUCUCUCACCAUGUUUCCAUAGCUGCGAUAAAGCCCACGAUCAAAAGGGUUUGUUUGGUUUACACAUCCCGAGUCCCAAUCCACUGAGGGAAGCCAAGGCAAUGAGAGCCCAGUCCAUCUUGGGAGCGGCCUCCAUCUUAAAGAGAAAAAUAAAUAACAAAUAGUCUGAGGACGACCUGCAGUGGAUCCCAAGCUGCACCCAUGUACCAGGAAGGACCCCAGGGCUUGUCCUUGGCCAGAGUUACUCCCUAGCCACUUCCUGGCAACCGUUACUCAAAGAUUAGUCUGAUUGUUUCAGAUGUACUUUCGAACUGUUGGUGAUUGUACAGUCUUGCUUCAGAGCACCUACCUGUUAGCUUAUAGUCAUCUACUAAAUGUUUGCCAGGCUGGACACCCCCUCCCUCACCCCCUCCCUUGUUCCAGUUUUCCUAUAAAACCUUGUCCUGCGGAGGGUUCGAGGCUGCUCCACCCUCCCUUCCCAUCCUGCUGCGUCAGGGUUGGGUUGGAGGAGAGCCCAAGCCUGAGCUUGUAAUAAAGAGACCUUAAUGCUAUUACAUGGGAAA